AUGAAGAAGAAGAAAAAGCUUGGAGCGCAAGCAACAGAGGAAGAAGAAGAAAUAAAAGCCAACGACAACAAGAAGUCAAACUUGUCCAAGACCAAUGGUGUUUUUGAAGAUGCCUUCAAUCUCAAGUUGUUCCCUUUUUCUUUGGGAGAUAAAGCACACCAAUGGGAGAAGACUCUUCCAAGUGACUCCAUCACUACUUGGGAUGAUUGCAAGAGAGCAUUCUUAGAUAAAUUCUUCUCUGCCUACAGGACAGCCAAGAUAAGGAAUGAAAUCUCUACCUUCCAGCAGAAGAACCUUGAGAGCUUUAGUGAAGCAUGGGAGAGGUUCAAGGGCUAUUGGUCUCAGUGUCCACACCAUGGAUUCACAAAGGAAAACUUGCUGAGCACAUUCUACAGGGGUGCUCUACCUGAGUACAGAACCAGAUUAGACACAGCAAGCAAUGGAUUCUUCUUAGGCAUAACUGAAGAAGAUGCAGAGGAGCUGGUUGACAACAUGGUGAAGAGUGACUCAAUCUACAGUGGAGAGCACGACAGGGCCAACAGAAGUGAUGAUCAGCACACAAGGAAGGAAAUUAAGUCUCUCCAAGAGAAGCUAGAUAUGCUUAUCAAAGAGAAGGCUAAGCACGGACAGUUGAACUCUGUUGUAGACCAGAAACAAAAGCAGCAUGUAGGGAUCAUGGAGGUUGAUGGAUUAGAAAGCCAAGAGGAGUUGUGCUUAAUCAAUUCUAAUGGCACCUGGUAUAGGAAAGAGCCAAACUUUCAAUACCAAAACAACUACCAGCAAAGACCUCACUACAACAAUCAGCAAGGAGGAUACCAGGCCACGCAAAGCUACCCUCUUGGUUUCAGCAACCAAAGUAAUCAGUCAACUCAAGCUCAAGGCAGUUCUUCUCAAGCUCCAGCUUCAGAUUCAAGUGUGGAUUCUAUGUUCAAGAAACUCUUGGAAUUUCAAGCCAGAAAUGAGAAGACAAUGGUUUAUGAGUUCAAGAACAUCCACACAAAGAUUGAUGGGAACUACUCUGACCUCAACAACAAGUUCUUACAACUUGCAUCUCGCUUCAACACUUUGGAGAGUCAAGUCGCCUCUAUGCCAUCAUCUUCCAAGAGCUCAAUGGGAUCUCUACCAGGAAAACCAGAAAAGAAUCCCAAGGAGUCUUGCAAUGUUAUCAUCUCUACUACUUCUUCAGAGAUUGAGCUGAGUGAUUAUGACAAAAAGGUAGAUGAAAUUGAGAAGCUAGUGUUUGGGAAUUCGCUUAGGAAAGUUGAGAAAUUGGUUGUAGCAACAGCUGAAGCACAGAUGGUGGAUAAAGCUAUGGAAAGGGUUCAGGUACAAGCUGAAAGGAAGGAUGAAGCAACGAAUCUGCAGAGAGCUGAGCCUAGGGCUGAGAAACCGGUUGAGAGGAGAGCUGACCAGAAGCUAAAAGAGGUGAAGAAAGAAGACACUGAGAUUGAACUGUCACCAUAUGACAAGCUCCCUUUCCCACAAAGGGUUCUCAUCAAAGCUCAGAAGAAGGUGCUCUCCAAGUUCAGGAAAGAUCUUAGUGAUGUUGGGGUCAGGCUCCCAGAAAUCUCUGGUAUGCGUGAAGCUCAUGUCCAAAUGAUGCUCAUCAAGGACAUUCUAGACCACCAAGCAGAAGUGGCUGAGCUUUUGGACAUCUCCAUUUUGAAGAUUGAUCCACCAGUCCCUCCACAGUCUCUCCCUAAGCUAGAGUCUCAAGGGAAGUUCACAUUGUCUUGCUCCCUUGGUAAGAUCACUGUGAAUGAUGCUUUGGUUGAUUCUGGUGCAAGUGUGAAUAUGAUCUCAUUGGAAAUGGUGAAAAGUCUUGGUAUUGAGAGCAUGGAGCCAAACACAUCUUCUCUCAUGUUUGGGGAUUCAUCUUCUACAACCCCCAUUGGUCUCAUCAAGGACUUCCCUUUGAAGAUUGGAGCAUGCACAAUUCCUAUAGACCUCACUGUUCUGAAGAUGGCAAUUGAGAAGAGAGUUCCUUUGAUCCUUGGCACUCCAUUUCUCACAACAGUUGGAACUUGCAUUGACUUCCCAAACAAGAAGGUCACACUCCUCAAUACCCAAGCUAAAGUGGCUAUACCUGAGAAAGAAGAUCUUGUUGGAGAGUCCUCUAAAAAGAUGUGUGAUGAGCACUUGGAAAGUGCUAAAAAGGAGGAGGUGAGUAGAGCCACAAAGGCUGCUCAUGACAAGAAGAAGAUAGUGAAAGAACCUCAUCCUCAACCUCUUGAUAAGACUCUUCACACUCUCACUCUCCACCCAAUGAAGCUCAAGGAUGGAGCCAUUGAGUACAAGAUCAAGUGCAAGGGCCAUCAUCACUCCUCAGCUUCAAAACGACCCCAUCAAGCUCCAAGAGCUCCUCUCUCAAGUCCUCACCAUCACUCUUGA